AUGUCUUCAACAACUUUAACACCAGUGGGGGACCCAAAGGUUAUUGAAGAAUUAGAAGGUAAAGCGAAGUUAAGAAAAUGGCUAAAUAUGAAUUUUAGGAUUGAAAUGACUGAUGGCAGAGUAUUAAUAGGAGUGUUUCUUUGCACGGACAGAGAUGCAAAUGUUAUAUUAGGAGCCUGUUCAGAAUAUCUAAAAAGCUCUGACGGUGAAACAGAAGAACCUCGACUACUUGGUCUAGUCAUGGUGCCAGGACGACACAUUGUAUCAAUACAACUUGACAAUACAAACCCACCACAGAAAUAUUUCUAUGAUGAAUGA